AUGAGUUUUUGUAUGUCUGGGGUCUAUUGGAAUGGUUGUUUAAACUGGAUUGCGAGUGGAGAAUUUGUAAAUGCUGAGUCCUCACUGUAUUUUGAUCUCGAUACAGAACUUGUUAAGACGUUGCCAGCUUCGCCUGAUGCUGAUGAGCAGUCGAAAGUUAUGUAUUUUGGAGAGUGUGGUGGUCACUUGUAUCUUAUAGAGCAUCUUAAAUCAUGGUAUACCCAUUACAACGUUUUGAAGAUGGAGACUGAUUAUUCUGGGUGGAAACGCUUACACAAGCUUGACUUGCAAAGUCUUAUCAGUAUGUAUCCAGGGAUAGAUGGUCCAUUUCCUGAACCUAGAAUUUUCUGGAGAACAAUAGUUUUCUUGGAGGAAGAUGAAGAAGCAGAAUCAUUGUCAAAACUGGUGAUGGUCGUACGUGGGAAGGAGGUUAUAUCUUAUGAUCUUAAUGAAAUGAGUGUCACCAAAAUCCAUAUGUUUCCUGGUUUAUAUUUUUUUCUCGACGGUCCUAGAGGAGGUGUAUGGAGUCAUCUUUAUCAUUAUAUGGAGUCACUUGCGAGUGUUUGA